UUCCCCACGGGCGGCGCGGCGGUGGUGUUGUGGCGGGGGCGGGCGGCCGGCUGCUGCGGAGCCCGCGGAGCCCUAGCGCCUGGACCCGCGCGCAGCUCGGCGGGCCCAACCGACCUGCCGACCGCCGCAGGAUUAAUUUAUUUUUGGAAAUCAAGUGCAAUAUUAAAAGGAAAACAAAACCAAUGUUGGAAGCCAUUUCUGCUAACUUUAUUUAUUUUUUUAAAUUUAUGAUUUGAUUUGAAUGCUAUCAUGGGAGGAGCUGUGAGUGCUGGGGAAGAUAAUGAUGACUUAAUUGAUAACUUAAAAGAAGCUCAGUAUAUCCGCACUGAAAGAGUGGAACAAGCCUUCAGAGCUAUUGAUCGUGGAGAUUACUAUUUGGAAGGAUACAGAGACAAUGCUUACAAAGACUUAGCCUGGAAGCAUGGAAACAUACAUUUGUCAGCACCUUGCAUUUAUUCUGAAGUUAUGGAAGCAUUGAAACUUCAACCAGGAUUGUCUUUUCUUAACCUGGGAAGUGGAACCGGAUAUUUAAGUACAAUGGUGGGCUUAAUUUUAGGUCCUUUUGGAAUAAAUCAUGGGAUUGAGCUUCAUUCAGAUGUGGUGGAAUAUGCCAAGGAAAAACUGGAGAGCUUCAUCAAAAAUAGUGAUAGCUUUGAUAAAUUUGAGUUCUGUGAACCUGCAUUUGUGGUUGGUAAUUGCCUCCAAAUAGCAUCUGACAGCCAUCAGUAUGAUCGAAUUUAUUGUGGAGCCGGAGUCCAGAAAGACCAUGAAAACUACAUGAAAAUAUUAUUAAAAGUUGGAGGCAUUCUAGUCAUGCCUAUAGAGGAUCAGUUAACACAAAUUAUGUGA